CAACACGCAACACGAGCUGCGCGUUAACCGCUCGCUCACACAGUAUUUAUUACAACUUCCGACUUUCGACCAUGUUAGCGGGGUGUGCGCAUGCGCGAGAGGAACGGCGCAAUAAAAGUCCCUCAGAUUAAAGCCUCCCGUAUAAAAGCUGUGACUGACAACAGCGCCGGUGCUGGAGCGUCAGUCUGAGCAUAAAGCGAAGUGGACGCAGAGGCUGAAGAGGAGACGUCGAGACAUGUCGAAGCCCGCCAGUGCCGAGGGCCAAGCGAGGGCCCCCCGCGGGGCCAAGCGCUUCAUCAGUGGGGUGGUGGAAGGUUUUUAUGGGCGACCAUGGACUAUGGAGCAGAGAACUGAGCUGUUUAAAAGAGAGCAGAAGUGGGGUUUGAACACGUACCUGUACGCCCCCAAGGAUGACUACAAACACAGGAUGUACUGGAGGGAUCUGUACUCUGCAGAGGAGUCCGUUCAACUCAUCGCCCUGAUAUCGGCGGCUAAACAGCACGACGUCGACUUCAUCUACGCGAUCUCUCCGGGCCUGGACAUUACUUUCUCCAACCCCAAAGAGGUUGCCGCCCUGAAGAGGAAACUGGACCAGGUGAAGCAGUUCGGCUGCAGCUCCUUCUCGCUGCUGUUUGACGACAUUGAGGCCGACAUGUGUCCGGCCGAUAAGCGGGCCUUCAGCUCCUUCGCCCACGCCCAGGUGGCCAUCACGAAUGCAGUGUACCAGCACUUGGGCGACCCUGAGACCUUCCUCUUCUGUCCUACAGAUUAUUGUGCUGCCUUCUGUACUCCCAGUGUGUCCCAGUCGUCAUACCUGCACACGGUGGGUGAGAAGCUGCUGCCGGGGAUCGACGUACUGUGGACCGGUCCCAAAGUGGUAUCUCACAAAAUCUCCGUGGAGUCCAUAGACGAGGUGUCCUCCGUCCUGAAGAGGGCGCCAGUCAUCUGGGACAAUAUCCACGCAAACGACUAUGACCCCCAGAGGAUUUACCUGGGGCCCUUUAAGGAUCGCCCCACGGAGCUCAUCGGCAAACUGGGAGGAGUGCUCACCAAUCCGAACUGCGAGUUCCACCUGAACUUUGUGGCCGUCCACACGUUGGCGACGUGGUGCAAAGCGACCGCCGACGGAGCGCAGAGGGACGUGGAAAAAAAAGGCGAUGAGGAGCAGGACCCGUGCUACAGCCCCCAGGAGGCCCUGACCCUGGCCCUCACUGACUGGCUGCAGGAGUUCCAGAGCAGCGAUCAACCCGGCGGCCGCUGUCGUCCUCCGGCCGGUCUCAAGAAGGAGUCGUCGGGCGAGGAGCCCAUGCAGACGGACGUGGGGGAGGGCUCCUAUGUUCCCGGAGCCGGGGAGAACCCGCUCUACACCGCAGAGCCCCUGACCCUGGCUGACCUGAAGCUGCUGUCCGACAUCUUCCACCUGCCGUACGAAUACGGCCCGACGGCCAGGACCAUGCUGCGGGAGCUGGACUGGCUCAAGAGACACGGCUGGGCCGUCGCCGCGGAGACGGACGUGACUGCCGAGUGGCGCUCCAGAGCGCAGCGGUUCGACGGUCUGUGUGAAGCGGUGGUGCAGAUGUUCAACCGUCUGUCAAACGCCCCGAACCGCCGCAUCCUGUACGACCUCUACGACUACAUCUGUGACAUCAAGAGCGGGGUCGGCCUGGCCCGGGCCUACGUCAAAACACUCGGAGGGCAGGGGGGCGCCCAGCCGAUGACCGACGAUCCUGAACCCUGGGGCUUCAGAGGAGGCCUCUCCGGAGAGUUCCAGAGAAUGCUGCCUUGCCACGGGAACCGGGACCUGUUCCGACAUCCUCCCACGACGGCGGUUUACAGCAUACGGCCGCACCGCGCCGAGGACACGGUGAGGAUGCUCGUCAGACGCCGCGAUACUUCCAAAAAAAUAAACGUAUCCAGCAUUGACGUUCAAGUUUUUUUUCUAGCUGGAGGUGCAAAGGAUUUCAAGGGAGCUGCAGAGCGCAGGAGAGGGCAAGGCGCUCUUGAUGAUGCAGCCGCCACUCAUCGGCGACGGGUAAGAAGGAGUCGAGUUUCUCUCCAGACGUCUCGGUGCUUUUUUAUUCUUCGGUCGUCACGAUCCCUCCUCCCCUCUGCAGCCUGUCGUCGGGGGAGAUCUCCCCCUCCCCUCAGUGCGCUCUCGUCCUGGAGGACGAGAUGGGGGUGUGCGGCUACGCCCUGGCUCUCAUCGACGCCAAGCCGGCCGCAACCAAGAUUCAGGUUCCAGGGGAGUUUUCUGCGAGUUGAGGCAGAGCGAUCGGCGGAUGCUCGACUUCUUCAGUAAGCUGAGCUCCUUCAAACCCGUACCGACAGCCGGGCUGCCCCGCGACGUCGUUGCCGUGGGAACCAGCUUGUGAACCAGAUGAGUCGCAAGGAUCUUCCUCAGGUUGCCAAGUCACCGUGCGGCGCCUCGAACUGCAAUUAGUCAUUUUUGAUCGGUAUAAUUUAGACCGUUUGCUCACGUUCUCAUGCAAAGUAACACGAGUCAAUAUAGAGGACUCACUUUGUAGACGUGAACAUUUUGAAAUGCGACGUCAUUCUUUUAGAUUAAUGUGUUGUUUUAACCCAGCACAGUACAAAUAAUGUAAUGAGAAGAUUUAUACAUAAGAGAACAUUUUUUAUAUCAUUUGCAUUUGAGAGGAUACAAAAUAAACUUGGUUCCUGUUUAAAUAAAAUAGCUGGUGUUUCACUUAU